AAAAAUUAAAAAAAAUUAGGAUGAAAUCCGUCAAACAAACACACCUUGCAACUCCGGUGCUCCUUUUCAACCCUAAUUCUUCUUCUCCGGCUUUCGUUUCGUCAUUUUCUUCUGCGGCUUCGACUGAGGCUUUAAACCCACCUAGUCUUCUUCCAAUUAAGAAAUUCUUUUACCAAUGUUGUUUUCUGCUGCAAUGUUGAGAAUAUAUUGAGUAUUUCAUCCUGCUACAAAUAAUCAAAACAGAGGGAGCCUUUGGAAAUCACCUAAAACAGUAUAUGUGGACGUCAACGAAUUGUGUUGGAUUGCGAAUUCUACGCAGUGUUUCUGCUCCACCUGGAAUUGUUGAUACUUGUUCGCUGUGGAAUUCUAGAUCUCGAAGAUCCAGAGUCAUGGAUAGUUCACGCAACCGCUCAGCGGGAAGCUCACAACCCGCACCCCAAGCUCAUACUUAUCGAAGCUUGGGCAGCCGAGAGAAUGAAAUAGAUGCUAAAGAUAAUAAACAGCGAUCAAGAGGACGUGGUGGUGGUCGUUCCGGCUCUAUGAAAAAUGAUAAGAUUGAUGCUCUUGGCAGACUAUUAACACGCAUCCUGCGUCACAUGGCUUCGGAGUUGAAACUGGAUAUGAGGAGGGAUGGAUAUGUGAAAGUCCAAGAUCUGCUGCAGAUCAAUAUGAAAACUUAUGCUAAUUUUCCAUUACGAUCGCACACAAUAGAUGAUGUUAUAGAGGCGGUAGGAAAGGAUAACAAACAGCGGUUUAGUCUACUGGAAGAAAAUGGGGAGCUUUGGAUACGUGCGAACCAAGGUCACACUAUUAAGACUGUCGAAACAGAAAGCUUGCUGAAACCUAUACUUUCACCUGAAGAAGUUCCAGUCUGUGUCCAUGGAACCUACAAGAAGAACUUGGAAUCGAUUCUACAGGAGGGCCUCAAGCGCAUGAAGAGGUUACACGUACAUUUCUCCCACGGUUUGCCCACAGACGGAAAAGUCAUUAGUGGUAUGAGACGAGACGUCAAUGUACUAGUCUAUCUCGAUGUAAAAAAGGCUCUGGAGGAUGGAAUGAAGCUGUACAUAUCAGACAACCGUGUGAUACUAACCGAGGGAUUCAAUGGAGUGGUGCCGGUCAAAUACUUCAACAGGAUAGAAUCGUGGCCGCAGAGACAACCCAUAGCUUUCUAAUUCAGAUAUUACGACGCAGACUUCUUCCUGGUAGGUACGCUUUGCUUUCAUUUUGUUCUUCGACUAUACCUUAAAAGCAAUGGCAGAUAACACUACCUACAUUUCAUUCCAUUUAUGUUAUUAGUGAUGCAAAUAAUUUUGAUUCGAAAUCUCCCUUUUUUGGUAAAUACAUUGCUUGUCUAUAUUGUGUUGAUUCUAGCUCUCUACAUCGGCAUCUGGCUAGCGUGCCGAGUACAGUAAUGGUGUGUGUUCUUGCCUGAUAUCUAGGUUUAAUAUUCAUCGGAAUAUCUCGUGUAUUCUUCGCGGGUUCUAUGAUUCAA